AUGCAAAAAUUAUUUACAAACUUAACAAAUCCUAAAGGAACAUUAUUCAAUGAAAUUAAAACCAAAAUUGAAAAAAUUCCAAAUUAUCUAACAAAACAUAAUGAAUUACUUAAACAAAUGAUACAUGAAAUAAUAUCAACAAUGAAAAUCGUUUCCACAGCUGAUAAUAUGGAUGAUUUACGAAAAAUAAGUAUUGAAAUGCAUAAAAUUAUGAUUAUUCAAACCUAUCAAUUGCUAUGGAUGACAUAUUUGAAAUCUAGUACAGGACAAUUAUUAAUUGAUUCAAUAAUGCAAACAGAAUUAAUCUGGCCAAAAGAGAUUAAAACAAUGGUACAAACAAUACAAACAGGCGGCAAAAGUGUUAUCAGACAUGAAACUUAUUUGGAAUUUGUCAAUUCUUAUCUCAAUGCAUUAGAAAAUUAUUUAAAAAAAUAUAAAUUAGAAUUGAAUUGUCAAAUUAAUAACUUUCAAUAUUAUAGUUUGGGAAUAAAACAACAUAUUGAAAAAUAUCUUGAAAAACAACUUGAAUCUUUUCGUAUGGAAAUUGAACAUAAAGUUGAACUUGUUCAUUAUGAUUAUCAAAUUCGAGCAUUAAAAGUAGACUAUUUUCGACAUAAUCCAAAUGAUCAACAAAAACAAAUCAUAGAACGAAUGUGUCGUGAUAAAUAUGAACAAAAAAUUACAGAAGAAGAAUAUAAAUUUCUUCAACAACAGAUUGCUUAUUAUAAUUCGCCAAGUCAAUCAUUUGAAUCCUCGCCACUGGCUCACUGUCCAUUGACAGAUUCAAUAGAAAAUCCAACUAUUCGACAAAAUUUAUUCAAACAAUAUAAAGAAGUUGCUGAACAAUCAAGAACUGAAAUGUUUAAUCUAUAUUUGAAAACAGCUGAAGAUCAACGAAUGACAUGUAAAUAUAAAUAUGAUACUAGUAUGAAGGAAUUGUGGUCAAAUCAACAUCAUCACUCGGCUGUUGAUCAGAACAACGUAUUGUCCAAAAUAAUGAUCGAUCUUAUUGACGAACGCUGUACAAAAAUUGGUGAACGUAUUCAAUGUAUAUACCAAUUUAAAGCAACACAAUUUAUUCAAUCAAACUCAAAAUUAUAA